AUGGAACCUUCAGACCAGCCAGAGGCUAGUGGUAUCAGAAAACCUAUUGGAAUCAAUGUUGCACUAGUUGUGGGGGGUAUGGCAGCUGUGAAGCAGGAACGGAUAUUGAGUAAAGGCCCAGAGAUUGUCGUUGCAACGCCAGGAAGAUUAUGGGAGUUGAUCCAGCAAGGAAAUCCUCAUUUAUCUCAAAUAGAUAACAUUAGAUUUUUAGCCAUCGAUGAAACAGACAGGAUGUUAGAGAAAGGCCACUUUCAAGAACUUCAUGAUAUUUUAGAAAGGAUAAACUUAGAUGAGUCGAAAAGAAAAAUCAGACAAUAUUUCGUUUUUUCUGCUACAUUGACACUGGUUCAUGAAAUGCCAAAACAUUUGAAAACUAAAAGCAAACUGAGCAGGUCCAAAAGAAUAGGGGAAAUGACUGCAGCACAAAAAUUGCAAAAAAUUGUUGAUAUUCUCGGAAUAUCCGAUCCGAAGGUCAUUGAUAUCACAGCAGGGAAAGAACAGGGGGGACAAAAGACAAAAAAAAUCACGGAGUCAUCAACAGAAGCUAACCGGAAAAUGUUAAAUAACGCAAGUAAGUGGAGGCCAGUGGAAAUAGAUCGCAACUUACUCUCGGGACAAUUAGAAGGUCUGGUAGGAAUUGAGGAGUGUACAGAUUAUGAUCUUGAUGUAAUUUCUUCAAAAAAGAUAGCUAAACGCAAACGUUUGCGAAAUGAAAAUACAUCGUCCUCCAAGAAAAAAAAAGGGCCAAGACCUCCCAACAACUGUACAGAUGAAGUUGAUGAGUCUUUGACGCCCUCAAAAUCUGGCAAUUCACUAAAUGUUGAACUAGACGAUACUGAAGUUGAAAAUACUUUUAUGAAUUUAGAAGCUUGGACUAGUUUUGGUCUUCCACAAUCAAUUUUGAAGGGCUUAGAAGAAGCUAGAUUUUCUCAACCUACAUACAUUCAGACUCUAAGUUUGCCGUCUGCUAUUUUAGGAAGAAAAAAUAUAUUGGGUGCUGCAGAGACUGGAAGCGGUAAAACUCUGGCAUUUGGUUUGCCAAUAUUAACAGGCAUUCUAAAUUUGAAACAGAAGGACCUUUCAGAUAUAUCAAAAAACCUAUCUGACUCUGAAGAAUCUGAUUUUGAGAAAGAGCCUGGCAAUGAUGUAAAAAAACAUCCAGGAAGGACUCUGAUAUUCUGUAAUUCCAUUGGAUGUGUGAAGAGGCUAGCAACAUUACUCAAUUUACUGGACUGUCACCCGUUGCCUUUACAUGCAUCGAUGCCGCAGCGUCAACGAAUAAAAAAUCUUGAAAGGCUAUAUGAGGAUAUACCAGUUUUUCCGAUACAACAAAAUUUCUUGAAUGCUGUGAAACAUAGGGUGAAUUUAGCAAGGGAAUUGGAUAAAUUGCAGUUACAAGUUAGAAAAGCAAAUUCUGAAGCUGGAUGGUUCCAGAAAGCUGCCGAAGAAAUGGACAUAAUCGUUGACGACUUCUCUAGAAAACAUGAUACCAAAGAUGCUCAGAGAUGUAAGAAAUCAGCCGAUAUCAAACGGAAGCAUCUAGCAUCGCUCUUGGCCACUCCAAUAUUUCCUAAAGGUUUCAGCGGAAGUUAUCCGUUGAGUUCUCAGUUAUCCCUUUCGUUGAACGAAGGCGUCAAGGAGGAAAAAGCAGUUGACCUUAUGAAAAAUACCAUCGCAGCAAAUUCUAAUGCGAAAGCGAAGAACAUUCCUUUAUUCAAUCCGAGAAAACAUUCUUGGAAAAAGAAAGAGAAAGAUGGUAUGAAUUUCAAGUUGAAAACAUCUAGUUCUAAUAAGAAUAAAUGGAAUGAUAAGUCCAAAAAACAGAAUAGCAGAAAAAAAUUCAAGAGGAGAUAGUAAUGGACUGAAGAUUGUUUUAUUAUAAUAUUUUUAUGUAAAAUAAAGAAAUGUAAAUUUUGA